AUGAAAGUAUUACAAGAGAUUAAUCUUACAUAUAGUAUAUUGGUUAUUGCCGAUUUUUCAUCAAUAUUUGGAUGUUUAUUAGUUUUAAUAGCAUUUAAAAAAUUAAAACUUCUUCGUAAUCAUAUUACACGUGUUAUUGCAUGUUUUUGUGUAUCAUCAUUAUUAAAAGAUAUAAUAUCAACAGGACUCACUCUUUCAUUAGGUCCACAAAAUGAAGCUGGUUCAACAUCUUUCCAAUGUUAUUUAUAUGCAAUAACUAUUACAUAUGGUUCAUUAGCUUGUUGGUUAUGGACAUUAUGUUUAGCAUUCAGUAUUUAUAAUUUAAUUGUUAAAAGAGAACCGGAACCAGAGAAAUAUGAAAAAUUUUAUCAUGGAGUUUGUUGGACCAUACCAUUAAUUUGUGUAAUUGUUAUGUUAGCAAAGAAAACAAUUGAACCAGUUGGUAAUUGGUGUUGGAUUAGUGAGAAAUAUGUUGGAUAUAGAUUUGGGUUAUUUUACGGACCAUUCUUUGCAAUUUGGAUAAUAUCAGCAGUAUUGGUUGGUUUAACAUCCAGAUACACCUAUUCAGUGAUUAGAAAUAGUGUAAGUGAUAACAAGGAUAAACAUAUGACCUACCAAUUCAAAUUAAUCAAUUAUAUCAUUGUUUUCCUCCUAUGUUGGGUAUUUGCAAUUGUUAAUAGAAUUUUAAAUGGACUUGGUUAUUACCCAACCCUUCCAAAUAUUCUACAUACCUAUUUCAGUGUAUCACAUGGCUUCUUUGCUUCGGUCACCUUUAUUUAUAAUAAUCCAUUAAUGUGGAGAUAUUGGGGUUCAAAAAUAUUUUUAAUAUUUGCAAAGUUUGGUUACUUUGUUGAACUACAAAGAAGAUUAGAUAGAAAUAAAAAUAAUAAUAAUCCAUCUCCAAUUUUAAAUUCAUAUGCUGCAACAGUUUAUCAUUCUUCAACAAUUGAAUCAUUAUCAUUACAACAUAAUAAUGAUAUUUCAAAUGAUAAUCAACAACAACAACAACAACAACAAACACCCCAACAACCUCAACAACAAUUUCAACAACAACAAUCACCAACUGUAAUUGAAAUGCAAAAUUUAAAACAGGAUCAAAAUAUUGAAAAUAAUGAACAAAAUGAAAAUUGUUAUAAUACAAUUGAUACAAAUAUAGAAAUUAAUACAAAUAAAUUAAAUGAUAAUUCUUUUGAAAUAACGCAACCUUCAAAUGAUUUAAAUACUAUUGAAAAUAAUAAUAACUAUAAUAAUAAUAAUAAUAACAAUAAUAAUAAUUCAUUAGUAAUAGAAAAGGAAAAAGAUGAAAGAGAAAAAAAAGAUAAUAAGUUUUGA